GGCGGGGCUGCGGCCUCCUAGCGCUGCCGCGGAGCUGCCGAGCGGGGCCGGUGGUGGAGUCGCGAUGGCGUGCGGGGGCUUCGCCUGCUCCAAGAACUGCCUUUGCGCCCUCAACCUGCUCUACACGCUGGUGAGCCUGCUGCUGAUUGGAAUUGCGGCAUGGGGAAUCGGCUUUGGCCUCAUUUCUAGUUUCCGAGUUGUAGGAGUGGUAAUUGCUGUAGGAGUCUUUCUCUUCUUUAUUGCCUUAGUUGGAUUGAUCGGUGCGGUGAAACAUCAUCAAGUAUUGCUAUUCUUUUACAUGAUUAUUCUUCUGCUAGUCUUUAUUGUCCAGUUUUCUGUCUCCUGUGCCUGUUUGGCACUAAACAAGGACCAGCAGAGUGAACUGCUAGAGGUGGGAUGGAAUAACACCAACAGUGCAAGAACAGAUAUUGAGAGAAAUCUGAAUUGUUGUGGAUUUAGAGCUUUUCAUCUGAAUGAAACCUGCGCAGCUGAUUGUUUUAGAACUCGCCAGUGUAAACCAUGUGCACCGAUAAUAGAGGAAUAUUCUGGAAUGGUACUGAGAUUUGUUGGAGGCAUAGGACUUUUCUUCAGUUUCACAGAGAUUCUGGGAGUCUGGCUGACUUAUAGAUACAGGAACCAAAAGGAUCCCCGUGCAAACCCUAGUGCAUUUCUUUGAUAAGCUUAUAAAGGACUGAAUCUUCUCUCUGCACCCUCUACUUAAAAAUACUGAUUCUCCAUAGUUUGAUAUUUCUCCAUAAUAGGAAUUCUACAUGUACCCAAAAUAAAAUUUAAUUUCCAUAAGAAAUGUGUAGUUUUCAUAUUUAAUUUUUGCUAUUUUUAUUCUAAGAAUCUCUAUCUUAAAGUAGAUGGGUGCAUUCAGUAGCUGGGCAGAGUUUAACUGCUGGUUAAAUAACUCUCUUGAGACUUUGUUAAUUGAUACAGUGAACUCUAAACAGUGAGUUUUAUAGCACUACUGGCUUAUCUGGUGUCAAAAAAAAACCCAGAAGUAUUUUCUGCUGUAUUCACUGAUUACAAAAAUUCACAUGCAUUCUCAUUAAAAUGAUAAAAAUGUAUGGUGGAUGGUUGGGUAUGAUUUGCCUAGGUUUUAGGAUGAACUCUAGUAAACUUUUUUGUCUCCAUUUUCCUGUUAAGGUAAAAAUAGAAGCUAAAGAUGUUAUUUUCUGUAGUGCACAUACAUGUAUGUUAAUGACUACUGUAGUCUUCACCCUUCCCCUUCCCUGUUUGUUUAGGCUUUCUGUAGCUUUAGAAUUUUGUUGAAAAUAAAAAAUAAUUUUAAUGGAUAUUGUCACUAUGAGAACAAUGAAUGAAGAAAACCAGGAGAAUGUAAUCUGCAGCUGAUUAACUUGAAACUUUUUUUUCUUUGACAAGUGAAUGAAGUCUGGUAUUUGCACAAUCAAUGUUGGAAUCAAUGUCUGUCAUCUCUGAUGUAAGAAACUUGAUGUCUGGAAAGUUGUUGUACAGUUACUUUUUUUGGAUGGUGUAAAAUUAUUGUUGUAAUAACUCAGCAGUGUAUAUUUCUCUGUCAUCCAGAUAACAGUCUUGAUUUCAUGAGAGAUUGAAUGAUGUGUAAAAAAGAAAGAACAAACAAACAAAGA